GCCACCCCUUUUCCUCCUUCACACAUUUUUCUGGAUGUGCUCGAUUAGUGGCGCGUCCGAUUCUUUUCAGCAUUAAAUCGAAUCGGCUAUAGCAAAUGCGCGGUAAUUAAAAAUGAAGAAUUUUAAGCCGCAGAAGUGGGACACAGCCAGUGCCCUUGGCACCCGUACUAGAAUUUGACUAUUUCAUCUGUGGAGACUGUGGCAAAGAAUUCAUGGACUCCUACCUUAUGCAGCACUUUGAUUGGGCAACAUGUGAUAAUUGCAGAGAUGUUGAAGAUAAACAUAAGCUUAUAACAAGGACAGAAGCAAAAGAAGAGUAUCUGCUUAAAGACUGUGACUUAGACAAGAGGGAGCCAGUGCUCAGAUUCAUUGUGAAGAAAAACCCUCAUAAUUCACGAUGGGGUGAAAUGAAACUUUAUUUAAAACUACAGGUAAUCAAGCGUUCACUUGAAGUCUGGGGUAGCGAAGAAGCAUUGCAAGAAGCAAAGGAGCUCCGCCGUGACAGCAGAGAGAAGAUGAAACAGAAGAAGUUUGACAAGAAAGUUAAAGAACUCCGCCGUGCUGUGAGGAGUAGUUUGUGGAAGAAAGCAGCUAGUAUCCACGAACAUGAAUAUGGACCAGAAGAGAACAUUGAUGAAGAUACAUAUAAAAAGACAUGCACUGUAUGUGGCCAUGAAUUAACUUAUGAGAAGAUGUAAUGUUAACCUAUUUUUUAAAUUUUGCUUUGUUUUUAAUGGUAUUUUGUAUUACAGUCAAAUAAAUGAUAAUUAUGAACAA